UUCUACUCCUUUUCCCCGAGAAAGUAGUGGUGCAACGUCUGUCCAGGCAGAAAUACAGACGGAAAAAUCCGGUGAAGAAAUCAUUGAGUCCAGAAGUAUCCAGACACCAGAGGACACCACCAGUGCUAACAUCGGAGUCUGGGAUGAAGAGAUUUUAGAGGAUCAAUGCAUUGACCAUGAAGAGACAUUAGCAGAGGAGCCUGUGAUAGCUACAGUCACACAAGGCGAUGAGGACUACCUCCUGGAGACCCACUUGUCAACAGGAGAAGACAUGAGUCCCCAAUCUGUGUCAGCUCAUCCCUCCACCACACAGAAUGCCCCAUCUGAGCCAUGCUGGUAUUGCUUGAGGUCUCUUGACUCCGAGUCUCAUCCCAACGUCACAGAACAGGAGGAAGACUCUGAUCCUGAAUCACAUCUGCCCUCUAGUGGCCAGAAAGUGAACUACCAGACAGAUCCCAGACCUCACUUUGGUGUAGCCUGUUCCUCCCACUCUACAUGUCGCCCCCUAUGGGGCAGCGAGGGGCCUUGCUGGGGACCACGAAACCAGGAGCUGGCCGAACAGACAGACACCUGUCCACACUGCCACCUGGGCUUGCCCCUCGAUACACUGCGCUGGCAUGAGGCAAAAUGUCUUCUGUUUGAUGGGCCGAGGAGCUCGAAGAAAGAAAACUAAUCACUGUGAAAGAAAGAUGCAACUUAUAAACCAUGGAGGAGUACCAAGACAGACUAUGGGAGGACGAUUGUACUUCCUCUGACGAUUGGGGGGAAGAGACCGUGCAUUUAAACAACCGUGACACUGAGGAGAUAGGUGAGUGGGAGGUGCUUCCUGAUGUCUGCUUGCUACACAUCUUCAAAUAUCUCUCUGAUGGUGAUCGCAGCAGGGCAUCUCUGGUCUGUCGUCACUGGCACAAAAUCAUGCGUCUGCCCUGUCUCUGGCGCUGCCGCUCCUUUCACCUCAGUGGCCGUCUCUCUAAAUACAAGCAGUCCGAACACUUAUCGGCAGUGGGCUAUGCUGACAAUCUGGGAGUCUUCUUGGAAAGCUUGGAGGUGACCGUGUGUCCUCCAAGAUCUGUUGUGUUGGCCCAGCGUUUGCAUAACACCAUCUGUGGGCUGUUGAAUACAUUGGUCAGAGUUCAAGCCCCAUUAAAGACCCUCUCCAUUAUAAGGCUGGAGCUGGACCGUUCCUCCUGGGGUCAGGGCCUCAGAAAUACUGUAGUCAACAAACUCAUUUAUUUCCUCUCAGAAGGUCCGUCAAGACUUAAAAACAUUUGCCUGAUCAGGAUACGGACAGAGACCGAGCAGGGUCUGGAGCUGCUUUCUGCAAUAGUACAAAAUCAAAGAAGCCUCUCUCCCCUCUGUGGCCUUUCUUCUUUGGAUCUAAGAGGUUUCUUUUCUGUCACUGUGCCCAAUCACCUUAAUCGUAAUAUACCUCAAAUGCUGCAAAAGUUGCAAGGCCUCACCUACUUGGCUCUUAGCUACUCCUGGUUGUCAGAUGAACUGCUGCUGGCUCUCAGUGAAAGUGUCAGAGAGAGAAGGCUAAACUAUGGGAGAGAUGGAAACUUCCUGGAAAGCUUUUCACUGUACUGCACUCAAAAUGAGCCACAUCAACAGGUGGUGUAUGGUUACUCAUGGGCCACUUUGGUGUCCAGCUGCCCAGAUCUAAAAGUCAGACUCACAGUCGAACAAAUCGUUGACACACAGCAGCUGGCGAGGAUCCUGCUGCCCGAGAUUCCACUCGUGGAGUACAACAUGACUGCAUUUUAUUCAACAGACGAGAACUGCAGCGCCAAGCCUCUGCUCCAAACCAUGCUACCCUGGUACAGACACAGCCUGAAGAAUCUAACACUGGACCUGAGCAACUGCAGCGAGACACUCGAUGAUGAGCUGCUGGAGUUGGUUAAUGUGUGUGAGUGCCUCGUUGAUUUGAGAGUCUGGGCUUUCUUGGAUAUCUCCACUGUGGGUCGGCUCCUGCACAUCCGCAUGACCAAAAGGUUGUCACUCAACAAGAUCAAAGUGAGAAUCUACACAAUGGUAGAGAACAUAGAGGAGCAGGAAGAUCAGCUAAUGGAAAUGCUAUCUCCCAUUUGUUACCCUCCUGAGCUACAGUUCCUGGCAGUCAUUUGCCCCUAUAUAUGACACCUUCAAGUGUGCCUUAACACCAAACGAGGCACAAGCUCCCUAGAAAACCAAAAUAAAGUGAAUGAAGCAUAGAAGACAUCUAUUUCUUCAUUUAAGCACCCAAAUGAUAAACAGCUUGUCAAGGUGAUGUGGGUGUGUUUAUGUUUUUCUCCAGGAGACUGGGUGAGCUGGGGUUGCGUAUAGAAACUCUGACCUACUUUCACUGUAUAGGGGGAGCAAGCAAUGUUGUGCCUGUGUUUGCUCCGGCAUGGGGACAGCACUAUUGAAAGUAACAGAGAUUAAGGGCCAAUAGAAAUAAACUCUUGUUCUGAGGAUUCACGCGAGACUAGAAAGAGAGUGAGCCUUCUUUGUGUUUUUAAUCCUCUUCAUUUGAUUGUGGUCUAUUAUGAAUACAGUCUUUAAAGGCUGUAUUAGCUUUAAGCUCUUAAGUACGAACCCUUAUAAUCCUUACACACUCUGCACUGAUUGCUUUGCUAAUUCCUUCAUGAUUGAAUAUCUUU